UGCGCGCAGGUGCCCGGCCCAUCUCAUCACUCACCCGCUCUGGCCUGGGUUGGGAAGGAGAGGCGGGGCGGGGUAGAGCUGAUGACGACCCGCAGGGAAUGUGGAAACCAGGACGGGAGCAGCGAGGGAGAGAAGCUGGGAAACGAGUGGUCGGUCAGCAGCUGAUGCCACCUCAAAGAACCCCAACCCCGAAAGACUAAACUUCAAGAAGAACCUUUCUACACAUCUUGAACAUGGCUGGUGGAAUCACAGAAACCGGGGAGCUUUAUUCUCCAUAUGUUGGACUGGUCUACAUGUUCAACCUGAUUGUGGGUACUGGUGCCCUCACUAUGCCCAAGGCUUUUGCCACUGCUGGUUGGCUUGUCAGCCUAGUUCUUCUUCUGUUCCUAGGCUUCAUGAGCUACAUGACCACAACCUUUGUAAUGGAAGCCAUGGCAGCAGCCAAUGCUCAGCUUCGUUGGAAGAGGAUGGAAAGCCAUAAGGAGGAAGAUGAUGAUGAUUCUUCUACAGCUUCUGAUAAUGAUGUUCUCAUCCAGGAAAACUAUGAUCGGUCAGAGAAACAGCCCAUCUUGUCUGUUCAGAGACAUGGAUCUCCUAACAUUUUUGAAAUCUCUGAUCGUGUGGAGAUGGGACAGAUGGCCUCCAUGUUCUUCAGCAAAGUGGGAGUCAACCUGUUCUAUUUUUGUAUCAUUAUCUACCUUUAUGGGGACCUAGCUAUCUAUGCUGCAGCUGUGCCAUUAUCUCUUAUGCAGGUGACCUGCAGUGCCACUGGCAAUCACUCCUGUGACGUAGAAGCCAGCACCAAGUACAAUGACACAGACGUGUGUUGGGGCCCUAUCAGACGAAUUGACGCCUACCGCAUCUAUCUGGCUGUGUUCACACUACUUCUUGGACCUUUCACCUUCUUUGAUGUCCAGAAGACCAAAUACCUCCAGAUCUUGACAUCUCUGAUGAGGUGGAUUGCCUUUGCCAUCAUGAUUGUCCUGGCACUGAUCCGUAUCGGACACGGGCAAGGAGAAGGGCAUCCACCCAUAGCAGACUUCUCUGGGAUCCGCAACCUGUUUGGAGUGUGUGUUUACUCCUUCAUGUGCCAGCAUUCUCUGCCGUCCCUUGUCACUCCCAUUUCCUCCAAGAAGCACAUCGCGCAGCUGGUGCUGCUGGACUACGUGUUGAUCCUGGCCUUCUAUAGCCUCCUCUCCUUCACUGCCAUCUUCUGCUUCCACAGCGACAGUCUCAUGGACAUGUACACCCUCAACUUCACUGGCUGUGAUGUGGUGCGCCUGGCCGUGAUCCGCUUCUUCUUGGGUCUCUUCCCCGUCUUCACCAUUAGCACCAAUUUCCCCAUCAUCGCCGUGACGCUGCGCAACAACUGGAAGACGCUCUUCCACCGCGAGGGGGAGAUGUACCCGUGGGUGGUAGACCGCGUUGUGUUCCCCAUCAUCACUCUGGUGCCUCCCAUCCUUGUGGCCUUCUGUACCCAUGACCUGGAGUCCCUCGUGGGGAUCACGGGAGCCUACGCUGGCAAUGGAAUCCAGUACGUCAUCCCUGCCUUCCUGGCGUACUACAGCCGGAAAGACACAAAGCUCGUAUUUGGGUCUGGUACUGUCAACAAGCACAAAUCCCCUUUCCGAAGUACCUUCUGGGUGGGCUUUGUGCUUGUCUGGGCUUUCUCUUGCUUCCUUUUUGUCACAGCCAACAUAAUCCUCAGUGAGACGAAGCUUUAACUGUGGGAACAUUUCCCAACGCCUGCAGGAUUGCAGGCCUUCCUCUGUCCUCCACCUUCAUGCCCACUGUCCUUCCACCCCAGGGCAGACACUGGCCGUUGCUGGUAACCAAGCCUGAUGGUUGUUACAAGGCCCAUUACCUCUCUCUACACCCAAGACCCCACCAGAGACGGCCUGCUGAGUCCCCUGCAUGGUACCCUGGGUGGAAUUUAGAAGCAGUGCUGGCACUGUGACAUUUUAUUUAUACUGGACCCAGUGGGUGCUUCCCUACUCAUUCACCCCGACCUAGGUUGUGGGAUGACCUAGGUCUUUGUUUUAGGAGAUCUGUUGCAGAGGCUAACCCUCAGCCCUAACCCCUCCUACCUGCUUCUCCCUCACCCAGAACAUGUCUUGCUUCCUGAACUGCUAAGAAACCGAUAUAGUGAAAGCACAUGUCACUUUUGCCUCAGCACAAUGGGAAGCAAGCAGGGCCUGUAGCCACAAGGACAAGGGGGGCUGAUUAGCCUCAGAGUCCCUGGAGCAGAGCUGUGGGCACCCCUGCUGUGGCUGAAUAGAGACGAGGUCGCUAAAAUACUGACCUGGUUCUAGAGUCAGGUCCAGGGCUCCUGUCUUGACUGGGGCCUUAGUAUUCCCCGGGAGGGAAAAUAAAAGGGCCCUUUCAUCUUUUCCCACAUCCCACAGGACUUAGGUCCUCUGUUAAGUCCUCAGGGUUAAUGAGGAAGGGCAAGAAAGACAAGGGAAUCUCUGAAUCUUCAGUUUGGAGGUGUGCCGGGUGAAGGAGAUACCGUACCCCUCUGCAGGCCAAGGAUGUUCUGGCAGCAGCCCCACGUCAGCUUCCUGAGCUUGUCUCUCUGAAGCAAGUUAAGCAUGGCAUUAGAAUGGGCAGUAAGUUGGGACCACCUGAAGAACAAUCACCUCAGACACACUUGGUGCCUUUGGUCACCUUUGGGGUGACUCUUGAAAUGUCUGGCAGCUGAAAUCACAGCUCCCAGGAAGACAGUGGUGGUCCUGUGGGGGGCCAAGAUCGACCUGAUUCACAGCAGGGAGGAGGGAGAGGCAGCCACCGAGCAGCCGAUGGCCAGCCACCUGAUGCAUCCUUCAUCAUCUUGCUGACAAUGGAAAAACCACAUAGGGUAAUGGGAGGGAGCCACCCAUCCCCUCCACCUGGACACAAGACUUCUGUAUCAUGUACCAUCUCUUUGCCAGAUGCCAAGCUCUUCUGAAAGGAGGACUGACCCCGUCCAUGAUUCUAGCCCCUUCUCACUGUUCUUCCCCUCUCUUCUCUACUCACUACAUUCACAACUGCUACUGCCCUGUCAUGAACUUUGUAUCAAACGUGCCUUCUCCAGCAUCAGGGUCUGGGUCCUUCCUGCUGAGGUACAGUACGGCCCAGAUUAUUCUCAUGUUCUCUGUACCCCUGUAGUCUGGGGUCAAAAGCAGUCAAGUGUAGAAAAUGGGGUUCUGCUGGGGGGAGGAGGGCGAGGCUUCUCUUUAAGCUGGGUCCUGAUCCCCUCCCUGCAACCCACCUAAUUUCAGUGCCUUGCUCAGCACCUUUUAUUUCUCCUCACCUGCAUCCCACACAUUUCCCUGUCAGGAAGAAAAAAUCUAGUCCUUGAGGGUAGAGAUGAUCGAAAGAAGACUCCUGCCAGAGGACUGUGGGAGCAUAGGGUGAGGAAAGGAGAAUCGCCUUAAGGAAGAAGACUGGGCCGUCCGGAAGCAAACACACCCCUGCUGUUAGAUCUCAUGCUGCCUGAGCCCGGUGGGGUGCUUUUGAGAAUUAGAUUGUCUUAAUUGGACAUUAUCUUCUUCCAAUUCAUCAUCUUGUGUUUUGUCUCAUAGCUCAUCACUACAUUUAAUUAUUUUCCAGCCAAAUGAAAAAUAAAUGCCCCUUCCCCAUCUGCUUGUA